GCCCGUGGGGUCCUGAUGUGUGCUUGGGUGACGGUAGUAUGGGUACAGUGUGCAAAGGCCAAGUGGGGAUCUUCAGCCGUCACUCGCAUCAGAAGGAGGAACCCAGGGUGGAGCCUGGCCUUGGAGGACCCGAGUUGCAGAAUGUCUGAAGGGGACAGCGUUGGAGAUUCUGUCCAUGGGAAGCCGUCCGUGGUGUACAGAUUUUUCACGCGCCUGGGACAGAUUUACCAGUCCUGGCUGGACAAGUCCACACCUUACACAGCUGUGCGGUGGGUGGUGACGCUGGGCCUGAGCUUUGUCUACAUGAUCAGAGUUUACCUGUUACAGGGCUGGUACAUCGUGACCUACGCCCUGGGGAUCUACCACCUCAACCUCUUCAUAGCGUUCCUCUCCCCCAAAGUGGAUCCCUCCCUGAUGGAAGACUCAGACGAUGGCCCUUCGUUACCAACCAAGCAGAACGAGGAAUUUCGUCCCUUCAUUCGAAGGCUUCCAGAGUUCAAAUUUUGGCAUGCAGCGACGAAGGGCAUCCUUGUGGCGAUGGUCUGCACCUUCUUCGAGGCUUUCAACGUGCCAGUGUUCUGGCCGAUCCUGGUGAUGUACUUCAUCAUGCUUUUCUGUAUCACAAUGAAGAGGCAAAUAAAGCACAUGAUUAAAUACCGGUACAUACCAUUCACACACGGGAAGAGGAGAUACAAAGGGAAGGAGGACGUGGGCAAGACGUUUGCUAGUUAGAAGCUGGACUGAGUCACUCACGUGGUCAAGACCGGUUUUGAGCCAUUGUAACAAUGCCUUUUUCUUCACAUAAAGUAGUUGAUUAUGAGGGAGUCGAAUUUUCUUUUUAAAAAGAAGCCUCAAUGAUUUGUAACUGAAGUAUCAGGUUCUUGAAGAAACUGGCAUUUAAACCAAAUUGAGAUUUCCUCUUCAGCGAUGUUCACGUUUCCCAGUGUAUGGAAUUGUAGUAAACUGUGGGCUUGGGGCCGGGGCGACGGGGGAGGGAGGGUGGGCAGGAGCCAGGCCGCCUUCCUGCUACCCCCGCCCCGCCUGUGGGCCCGAGCCAGCCCAGCUGGUGUGGGAGAGGGGCGAGGCUGUGAAGGCCGAGCUCAGGGCCUGCGUCCUCACACCAGUUUCCACACUUCAUCUCACUGGAGAUGGCUCAUGUUGGCCUCACUCAAAGAUGACUUUGUUCUUAACUACCCUGCUUCUGAGGGCCUGGAAUUAUAAAUAUAUAUAUAUUCUAUUUUAA